AUCGGCCUGGAACAGAGAGGAAGGAAGCUAAAAAUAUCUCUUGCCAGUGCUGCAGCAGAAUACUCAGCUCCUUUUUACUAGUAUACUGUCAAGAAUCUUUCCACAGGACUCGUUAAUUUAUAGAUGGCCUACCCACCCCCACCUGGAGGAUACCCGCCCCUUCAGGCUGGAGCCCCUGGCUACCCCCCUCUCGGAGCAUACCCACCCCCUGGAGCUCCCGGCUACCCCCAUCUAGGAACGGGACCCCCUGGAGCUGCCAGCUACCCCCCUCCUGGAACAGGACUCCCUGCAGGGUACGCAACCCCUCAGCCUGGAGCUCCCGGCUACCCCCCUCCCGGAACAGGACCCCCUGGAGCUUACCCACCACCAGUCAGCACAGGAUACCACCCUGCCCCUAGUGGAGUUGGAUACCCCCAACAAGGUUACCCUCCACCUGGAGGACCGACGCCUGGCUACAGUGCACCAGGUCACCCUCCACCGGCUGGCAACCCCCCACCACAAUACUCUCAACCGCUACCCGUCGGUGCUCUGGGUCAUGAUAAACACGGCAAACAAAAGAAGAAGAAAAACAAAGAUCACAAGGUGAAGAUCAAGAAAGACAAGAUUCACAUUGGCCCACUGAAACUGAAGGCUAAAAAACAUAAGCUGCCCAAGUUCAAAGUGAAAGGAUUUGGUUUUAGCAGCAGCAGCAGCAGCAGCAGCAGUAGUAGUAGCUCUAGCUCUGAUUCAGACUAAGUGUACAAACUAGCCGCUGGAUGUCCCUCUUAUACAUUUUGCAAAUUUAUAACUAUUUUUAUGUAAUAAUGUAUUUUGCUGCAUUGAUUUAGAGAUCACUUUUUAGUAUAAUAAACAUUCAGUCAAAAACAAA